AUGUCAAAUAUGAUUGUCCGAGAAGUCAUAAAUCGUAGACAGUCAAAUUCAGCUGAUGAAUUUGCAGAAAAAAUGCGUACUGCCGCUGUAAUGCUUGCUCAAUUAAACGCAACGCAACAAUCGCGAGGUGCUGUAAACAGAGAUGAUCCAAGUGCCGCUGUAUUUCGAGAAGAUUGGAAUACUAAGAGAGAACGUAUUCGUAAGGCAUCUCCUUUUGGUAAUCAUCCUAACUGGCGUCUUUUUUCUGUUAUUGUUAAAACAGGAGCAGAUUUGAGACAAGAACAAUUAGCAUGUCAGUUAAUCAAGGAAAUGGAAAGAAUAUGGCAAAAAGACCAUGUUAAUGUGUGGGUUAAAUAUUAUCGAGUUUUAGUUACUUCUGAUCAUUCUGGUUUAAUUGAAACAAUACAAAAUUCUAUUUCGAUCCAUUCAAUUAAAAAAGAUGCUUAUGCUAAAAGAUUAAACGAAAAAGGAUUUGUAUUCACACUAUUUGAUUAUUUCGUCAAGACAUAUGGAGAUGUGACCUCUGAAGCUUUUUUGCGUGCUCAAGAUAAUUUUAUGAGAAGUUUGGCCGCAAUUGCUUUUUUUGAAUUGAUCGUUCCUGAGGAGAGAUACUAUUUUGCGAACUGA